CCGCCCCCUCCGCGGGAUUAAGUUGGUCCAAGGGAAGGCAACUACUGCUGCUGACUCCAGGGAGGCCGGUGAUUUCUAAGCGGUGCUACGCAGAAAAGAUCUAGAACGACCCAGAACCCCGCGAAUAGGGCUCCGGCAUGAAGCUCCGCGUCCGGGUCAGGGGGCAGACGAGCCGCCUGGAGCUGGAGGAAGAGACCCCGACGCUCGGAGACCUGCGGAGGAAGCUGUCCGCGUCCCUCCUGCCCGCUCUGGGGUUCAGCGAUGAAAACGCGUUUAGCAUCACACUGAACGGCAAGGAUGCCCUGACCGCCGACCGAGACAGCCUGGAGUCCUGCGGCAUCAUAUCGGGAGACCUGAUCGUUGUGUUGCUCCCAGAUUCUCAUCCCCCCGAUGCCUCUUUACCCACCCAGGACCUGCGCGGCUCGGCUAUUGUCCCCGUUCAGCCCAACAUCGUCUCUAACCAGGAGUGCCAAGAGGCCGCUCGGGCCCCAGACACACCGGAAGUCGGGGUGAACUGCCCGGCGGCGGAGCCUGAGGACGGACCCCGCGAAGAUGUGGCUAUGGAAGAAGAAGAAGGGGCCGGCAGUCCCUGGGAACCGAUGCUGUGCAGCGAGGCUGUGGACGGCAAAAUACCCCAUUCCCUGGAGAAGCUGUACCUCGGGGCAGAAUGCGGCAGCGCCAGCGAUGCCUUGAUGGUUGUCGUCCACCUGCUGAUGCUGGAGACUGGGUAUCUCCCGCUGGGCACAGAUAACAAGGGCACGUCUCUGCCCGAGCAGUGGCGCAGUCCAGGAGUUUAUAAGCUGCAUUACUGCCACCCCCUGUGUGACGAAGGCUCCGUGACCCUCGCUUGUGUGCCCAUGGGCAAGCUCAUUGUCAUCAAUGGCACCCUGAAGAUUAACAAUGAAAUGAAAAGUGUGAAGAGACUGCAGAUUUCAACCGACUUCUACAUUUCUUUCCCAGGACAAGAUAAUGACGUGGCCUCGGUGUUUAAAGACCUACAGAAGUUAUCGCGUUUGUUUAAGGACCAGCUGGUGUACCCCCUUCUCGCCGCCGCUCGGCAGGUUUUGAAUCUACCCGACGUCUUUGGGCUGGUGGUUCUUCCGCUGGAGCUGAAGCUGCGGAUCUUCCGGCUCCUGGACGUCCGAUCUCUCCUUUCCUUAUCUUCCUGCUGCCGGGAUUUAUGCGGCAGCGUCGAAGAUCCCUGGCUGUGGCGGUUCCUGUACAUGCGCGAUUUCCGGGAUCCAAUCCCCAGGAGUCAAGACACCAACUGGAAAGAGCUCUACAAGAAGAAGCACAAACAGAAAAUGGAGACUUUGCGAUGGAGGCACAUGAUCUUCGUUCCUCCACCAACCCAUCCCCUCCCGUUCCACCCAAGCCCUUACUACCCCACUCCUUUUCCCCCCAGCCCUAUCUUCCCCCCGGGCAUCAUCGGUGGGGAGUAUGACCAGCGGCCCAUCCUUCCCAUUAUUGGGGAUCCUCUUGCUUCGCUGAUUCCUGGAACAGGACCAACCAGCGGACGCUACCCUCCUCUCAGGCCUCAUUUUGACCCCAUUGGACCCCUAUCGGAGACUGUUCCAACGCUGCCGGGACGCAUCGGCCCCCGACCCAGCAGAGCAAGAGGGCUCGACAUCCGAAGGGGCUUUAUUUGAACGUUAAGGGGGUACGAUAACAUCAGACGUCAGUAACAGGAGGAUGGCACAUGCUUUUCUGUAGAACCUUCUGUGUUUUUUCAUAUAGGUCCUACGGCAGUCCUCUUAGAUGAAUCCAUGCAGUCACCUUAUUGCCUUCGACUACUUAGCUGCCUUUCCGUCUAAAAACGACUAAUAUUAAACUUUGGCAACUAGAAGGAA